AUGUUGUUGAGCAGCAUUCCCAGCGCUGCUGCUGGUGGCCGCAAUGCCCUGCGGUACCUGGUGCGCACGCAGCCAGCGAGGCAGCUUGUUCCGCCGCCAAGACGACUUCAUGGCUCAGCAUGGCACGCCUACGAUGCAGUGAGAAGAGCUUCGACACCCACAGAAUCCGUCGGGGAGCUGGGCAGUCGUUGCGCGACGAGCGCCGCAGACGCUCUAUUGUCGUCGGCAAGCGCAACAGAAGUGAAGCAGCAUUGGGGACCGAGUCUGUCCCCACGAGCCAUACCAGCAGAGGGAAUAGACAUCGGUAUCCACGCGGAUACCGCAAAACAAGGCGCGGUGCACCGAUUAGUGAGGGCAUACCAGUCGCAUGGCCAUUAUGUUGCGAAGACCGACCCCCUGGGCAUCCGACUUGAUGCUCGAGAGAUUCGUCCGAGCACAGGCGGGCCCGACCCCCUGGAAGAGCUUGAGUUGUCAUAUCACGGGCUGACAGCUGCGGACCUCGACCUCUCCUUCACCCUGGGGCCGGAAUUGCUGCCCCAUUUCGCAACUGGCACCAGAAGUUCCAUGACUUUACGGGAAAUCAUCGCAGCGUGCCAGAGGACGUUCUGCGGCAGCUUGGCGGUUGAGUACCUGCACAUCCCAGACCGGACCAAACGCGAAUGGCUCCAAGAAAGGCUCCAAGUCCCGCAGCCCAUUCAGUUUACGCGGGACGACAAACUCCGCAUCCUCGAUGGCCUCGUUGCGGUCUCAUCAUUCGAGCGUUUCCUGGCGGUCAAAUUCCCGCACGACAAACGCUACGGACUGGACGGCGCCGAGGGCCUGGCCCCAGCGAUACAAGCCAUCUUCGACCGCUCGGCCGACUCUCACGGUAUCCAAGAGGUCAUCAUGGGGAGCUGCCAUCGCGGCCGUCUCACCAUGCUCGCAGGUGUAUACGGCAAGCCCCCCGAGCUCCUGUUCGAGGCCUUCUCCGGACUGCGGUCAGACAUCGUGCCCGGAACGCCUGGAGACGUCAAGGUUCACAUCGGCCACGAAGGACAACAUACGUCUGCCCAGGGAAACCGCGUCGGGCUGUCGGUGCUGGCGAACCCUUCUCAUCUCGAGGCCGUCGACCCGGUGGCGACGGGAAAGGCGUUUGCGACACAGCGGCUCGCCGGCGACGCGGGCCAGGACCGCAUCAUGUGCCUCGCCCUCCACGGAGACGCCGCGUUUGCCGGGCAAGGCAUGGUGUACGAGAUUCUGGGCCUGUCGCGGCUGGCCGACUACGACGUCGGCGGGACGGUGAGGCUCAUUGUCAACAACCAGGUCGGGUUCACCACGGAUGCUCACUGCGCGCGGUCGACGUCGUACGCGUCCGACUUGGCCAAAUUCAUCAACGCGCCGAUCCUGCAUGUCAACGCCGACGACGCCGAGGCUGUUGCGUUUGCCUGUCGCGUUGCUGCCGACUGGCGCGCCGAGUUCAGGUCCGACAUUGUCGUCGACUUGGUCUGCUACCGUAAAUACGGCCACAACGAGUUUGACCAGCCCAGCUUCACCCAGCCGCUCAUGUAUCAACAGGUGGCGAAGCAAACUGCGCCGCUUGAGAAGUAUGUCGACAAGCUUACAAGCGAAGGGACUUGCACUCGCCAGGAAAUUGACGAGCGACUGAACAAGGAGUGGGAUCGCCUGCAACGUGCCUUUGACGCGAGCAAAGAAACGAUCGCCAAGCAGGAAAAGGCACCCGUUGCGCAGCCAGCAAUGGCUCCAACUCAUUCAAGGCCGGAGCCCCCCACGUCCGUAGAGCAGAACUUCCUAAACACCAUCACGGAGAAGAUCACCACCGUGCCAGACGGCUUCGAGACCCAUUCCGGCCUCCGGCGAGCCCUUUCAGGAAGGCAAAAGCUCUUUGAACAGGGCAUCGUCGAUUGGUCUACGGCCGAGGCAUUGGCGUUUGGAAGCCUGGUCCUCGAGGGGCGAUCCGUGCGUGUGGCCGGCCAGGACGUCCAGCGCGGAACCUUUUCCCAGCGGCACGCAGUAUGGCAUGAUCAAGUGACGGGCAAGACGUGGACACCGCUGGCUCACAUGAGCGACACGCAGGCUCGCUUCGACAUCGCCAACUCUCCACUAGGUGAACUCGGAGCCCUGGGGUUCGAGUACGGCAUCACCCUAGCGGAUACGCGGUCGCUCGUCAUGUGGGAAGCACAGUUUGGGGACUUUGCCAACAACGCGCAGGUCAUCAUCGACAAUUUCCUCACGUCUGGGGAGAGCAAGUGGCAGUAUCAGUCUGGGCUAGUGCUCUCUCUGCCGCAUGGACAUGAUGGCCAGGGUUCGGAACACUCGUCGGCACGCAUAGAGAGGUUCUUGAUGCUCGGCAACGACGAGGGGAGACAUUGGCCCGCCGACCUCGCCGCUCCGCACCAAAACGCUAACAUGGACAUUGUGUACAUGACUACGCCUGCGAAUUAUUUUCACGUACUGCGUCGGCAAGCACUCAGGGUACAUAAGAGACCACUCAUCAUAUUCUUCUCCAAAUCCUUGCUGCGACACCCGCAAAACCGAUCUACCGUUUCCCAGCUCAUGGGGUCGUCGGCUUUCGCCCCAGUCAUUAGCGACCCGGAGCACGGCAAGUCCAUCGACGCGCCGGAAUCCAUCUCGCGGGUCAUCUUCUGCACGGGGCAGGUGUAUUUCGCCCUAUGCAAGCGUCGCGAGUCCCUGGGCCUCCGGAACGUUGCCAUUACUCGGCUGGAGCAGCUUCAUCCCUUCCCGUGGGUCGAAGUCAUGGACAAUGUGCGGCAGUACCCCAACGCAAAGGCAUUUGUCUGGGCUCAGGAGGAGCACCAUAACGGUGGCGCAUGGCACUUUAUGCGAGAUCGCCUUGACAAUGUGCUGCGCGAGACGGAGCAGUACGGCGCGAACGGGGUAUUGUACGCGGGACGCGCGCCAAGUGCCAGCACUGCGGCGGGCACCAAGAGUCUUCACGACGUAGAGGAGGAUGCUUUGUUGGGUGAAGCGUUCACUGUGUAG